AUGUCUCAGGACAUAAAUCUUGAUAAAUUGCUUGACGAAGUGGAAGGCCGCGCGGGUGAUGACUCUCAUCAGACCAACACUGUCUCUCAAUCUUCCCCAGACGACUCGAUCGUCACCCCUCUGUCCCCUGAAACGGGCAGCCUUAAUGUCCCUCGAAAAAGACUGGCCAAGUUCGAGCUCGAUUUCCCCGGAGACGAGGACGAUUCCAGCGACGACGACGACUACGAGACGAACCCGGCUAGAUCUUUACUGGGAGGCCUUGUCUGGAUCGUCUAUGCUGUGCUUCCAGUGCUGUUCAUCGUCACCUUUUUGAUUACGUAUUACUCUCCAACGACGCUGUCUUUGUUCAAGUUCAACACCCACCAUGACCGAAACUACUACCCGGACCUUCCGUCAGGCUACCAUAGCGAGUCAGGUGCCUACGACGACUACAAUAUCGAGUUUUACGACCUCAAGGAGUCUGCUUCCUCGUCGCCUGACGGAUGGAACCAUCGUGAACGGGUUUUGCUUUGUGUUCCAUUAAGAGACGCCGCCCCCCACCUACCGAUGUUUUUCGAGCACAUGCGCAACAUGACGUACCCGCACAACCUGAUAGAUCUAGCGUUUCUGAUCUCGGACACAACAGACUCGACCAUCAAGGUUUUGAAACGAGAGCUCAAGAAAAUUCAAACCGACAAGGACUCGUCUCUCCAUUUCGGAAGAAUCAACAUCUACGAGAAGGAUUUUGGUCAGAUCAUUGGUCAAUCGUUCUCUGACCGUCACGGAUUCCAGGCACAGGGCCCUAGACGGAAAUUGAUGGCCAUUGCCAGAAACUGGCUACUUGCUACCGCUCUCCGCCCAGACCAUUCUUGGGUGUACUGGAGAGAUGCAGACGUUGAAACUGUUCCUCCUACGAUCAUUGAGGACCUAAUGCACCACGACAGAGACGUGAUUGUUCCUAAUAUCUGGCGUCCACUGCCAGACUGGCUUGGCUACGAACAACCGUACGAUUUGAACUCGUGGCAGGAAAGUGAGGGUGGAAUCGAACUAGCAGACAAGCUGGAUGAAGACGCCGUCAUUGUGGAAGGGUAUCCGGAAUAUGCUACCUGGAGAACCCAUCUGGCUUACUUGAGAGAUCCAUUUGGAGAUCCCGAAGUCGAGAUGGAGCUGGAUGGGAUUGGAGGUGUUUCGAUUUUGAGCAAAGGGUACGUUUUUCGCAGCGGAGCCAUGUUCCCUGCAUUUUCGUUCAAGAAGCACGCCGAGACGGAGGGUUUCGGCAAGCUUUGUCGGACGAUGAACUUCUCGGUGAUUGGACUUCCUCAUUACACGAUUUGGCACAUUUACGAACCUUCCUCGGACGAUAUCAAGCACAUGAAGUGGAUGGCUGAGGAGGAGACCAACAGGCUCGAAAGGGCUCGGAUCCAGAAGCUGUAUGAUAAAAUUUGGAUGAAAGCGUUCGAAGAGGUGGAUUCCGAGUGGCAGGGACUCAAGUUCAACGUUUUCAAAAACACCGACCUGAAGCGAGACAUCAACAUCGACUGGAGUGAAGUCGACGAGUACCUUCAGGAUAUGGACGAGGAUGUUCUUGAUGAGGACGAUAAUGAGAACGAGCACUUUGCCGUGGAGGAUAUGAGUCGGAACCUGGAAUCUGCUCUGUUGGAGAAGCUUAAGAGCGAGAAACAGAGAAUGGAGGAUGAGAGCUAUCAAGAAGAGCUUUUUGGCCAUUUCCCGCUGAAUCCAUACGUUAGUGGAAAGAACGGCAAGAAUUACCGGUUUGUCAAGUUCAAGAAGACCAACGAUCAUGAUAUCAUUAACUCUAAUGUUAACGACGAGCUCAAGCAGAAGCAGGAGAAGGAGUUGGAGGAAGAUAUCAUGCAAGAAUUGAAGAAGGAGCAGAAGGAACAAGAACAAACCGAGACAGAGUCGGAGAAGAAGGUCGAGGAACAGCAGGAGCAACAGGACAACGACGAGCUGGAGAAGCUUUAUAGAGACAAGAUUGCCGAGAGAGACAAGGAGCUUCAGAUGUUGGAGAAGUUGCACAAGAAUAAGCUGAGCGAGAAAGAGAACAAGAAAAAGAACCAGGACGCCGAGAUGGACCGACUGCGUGCUCUGGCGGAGGCCAAAAAGGCCCGGAAGCUGGAGAAGUUGAAGCAGCAGGAGAGCAAGAGAAACAAAGUGAACCAAGUGGCCAUCGAGAAAGAGAAAGAGAGACGGCGCAAGAUGGGACUAAUUCAGGAAUAA